AUGGAUGAUCCUUCAAAUCCAUCUCCAUUGGCUGAUGUGUUUAGGGAAGAUAAGCCGUAUAUGGAUCUUCAUGCCCAUGAUGAAGGGGGCCACGUUGGUCCAGCGCAGGAAUCCCGAAAAAUUAUCACCAUGAACCAUGCGUUGCCACCUGGCUCUGAAAUCAUGAAGAAACGAGAAAAACAAAAGUUGGCCCCACAAUGUCCAUAUGUGGUCAACCACCUCUGCAGUAUGGCGAAAACACCAAAUCGUGGUAAUUAUAUAAAUCUGGUUGACGAUGUCCAAUAUUUAAAAAUGAGAAUGCUGUAUCGGCCGAAGACGAAUUUCGCCUCUGAUUUCCUUCUGCUCCCCUUCAAUUUCCAACAGAUUAUGAUUUCUGUAAGAAAAACUGAUUCGCGGGUUCUUCCAGUCCAGUCCACUCGAAUCAUGCUGUUCAACAUUAUCCGCCUCUUGAUCAACAACUCCAAGAUUUCUAAAUUCGAUCCUCCUAUGGUUUAUUUCAUUCAACCAGCACUCAAUGGCGUUGGUGAUUCCGUGGACAAAUAUUCCGUUCCAUUCGGCGCUCCCACAGAAUGCUACAGCGUAAACGCAAAAACGCAAGAAUGGAAAGGCAGACCCAAAACGUUUUCAACAAGGGUUCCCGGCCCAAAGUCGAACAUGGGUGAUUCACUCCUUCUCCACGCAAAAGCUCUCUAG